AUGGUCCGCGACCCCGCCCCUCCGUCGUCCACCCCCCCGCCUCGCGCCCUCGAUUCGAAGAAGCUCCGGCAACCCAAGAGACGGCACACGUAUCGCGGGUGUAACCCCGACCUCCCCGCGGCGGGGGAGUGCCAGACGUGCGGGAUAUCCAACCUCGCGAGCGACUGGGCGUCCCCCGACCUCUACCCCGUCGUCCUGCCCCCGUUCGCCGCGGGCGGUUGGGCGCUGUUCAUGACGUUGUACCUCUCGAGCGCCGGCAGGUUCAAGGGGCGGUUCCUCGCGCUGGACCUCACCACCCGGACGCUCUCGCUACUGGCGCGGCUCGUGGGCGUGACGGUAGCGCUCGCGUCCGUGUGGGCGUCGCACGGCGCUUGGGUCGACGGCAUGGAGCUCUGCCAGCGGGGGGUCCACGCGCCCAUCCGGUUGAGAACGCAACACGGCGGUUGGUACGUCGGCAUCCUCGCCAACGGACUCGCGUUCGUAUCCGGCGCGUUCGCCGUCUUAUUCGGCCGCGGGAACGUCCUCGGUCCCACAAACAACCAGCUCGCGAUGGCGUCCAUCGACGAGCGCCAGUUCGCGUCAAUCACCCCCGCGAACCUCGGGCCGUACCAGGUCGGGCUAACCCCGAGGGGCGAGCGGGUGAUGCGAACGCCGAGGCCCGCGACGUUCAGCGAGGCGCACAGGGCCAUCGGGUUGGGGGCGUUCACGCGCGUGGACGUCGACGACGAGGAGAUCGCGAUGACCGCGAGGGAGUACGGCGUGGGAACGACAGGCGGCGUCUGGGCGCGCGGCGACGAGGAGGCGGGGGGCGGCGAUGGGGACGAAGCGAUGGGGAGGCGGGGGAGGGCGUCGCUGGGCGGCGUCGGGGACGGGCGGAGGAGGGGCGAGGCGCGAGGAGGCGCGAGGGCGUCCGCGCCGGCGGGCGGCGGCGCGCGCGUCGCGCCGCCCGCCGACGGCAAACGGGGCUGGGAGGAGUUCAAGGCGCGGUUCUGGAGGUCGCAAACCUCGCACUCCCCCGCGGCUCCGGAAGGUGGUUCGGGUCGAAGGUCCGACCCGGGGGACGCGAGGUACGUCGCGGAACGGAACCAGCGGGUGGGCAGGCUCGGGAACAUCCUCGGGCGGUUCGCGUCCCGGCGUGGUGAGUCACCGGGUGGUGAGUCACCGGGUGGUGACGCGUCGGUGAGGUCGGACAGGAGCGACGAUUCCGCGGAGGCGGCGCGGGGCGCCGUGCCGAAAAAGCCGCCCGCGUUUAAAAAGCCGUCGGUGCCGCCGCCGAGGCCGACGCCGGUGUUCCAGUUCAGCAACCCGCUCGCGUCGUCGUCGAACGGUGGGGCAGCAGACGCGGAGCACGCGCCGUCCGCGCCCCCGUUCGAGGCGGACGGCGACCGACCCGGGCUUGCUGACGAGCCGCCCGCCGAUUUCGAGUGGAACCCGCUUCGAGACCCGUAUUCGAUCACGCCCAGUAAGAAGGGAGCCGGGCCGAGCCGAGCCGGGGUCGGGGGUCGGGGGCGGCCCGGCGGUCCGAGCGCGGGCCCCGCGAUGUCGCCGCCGCGGCCGGACGCGCGGCGCGCGCGGAUGGAGCGCGCGAGGGCGGCGAACGAGGCGGCGCGGGGUGACGCCGGAGACGGGCCGGAGUCCCUGCGCGAGCGGAUGGAGAGGCUGCGGCGAGAACGAGAACGCGAUGGCGGAUGA